AGCUAAGGACUGACUUCCCUCGCCGGGCAUCCUCCCUGGGCUGCCGGGAGGCGGCGGCGGAGGAGAAGAAGAAGGAGAAGGAAAGGGGGAGACGGCGGAGGGCAGGAACGCGAGGAGGUGGACCUGGAUCCGUUCCUCCCGGCCAGGACCCGAGCGGCCCCCGCUCCCGCUCCCCGCCGGCGCCGUGCGCUCUCCAUCAGCCCGCCUGCGCCCACCCGCGAUCCCCGGCUCGCCACGCACCGGGCCGGGGCCGGAGCCGCGCGGCAGGAGACGGUCUGGCCUCCUAGGGAUGCUCACGCUGCGCUAAGUGCUGGUGGCCCUCGAAGGUUUUGCAUCUUGAGGACGAAUCCCGAGCUUGCCAGAGACGGACGGUGCAAGGUCCGGCCUCUGUUCCCCCGUGAGGAGCCCCCGCGGCCCACCGAGAUGUCCCGGCACCACAGCCGCUUCGAAAGAGACUACCGGGUGGGCUGGGACCGCCGCGAGUGGAGUGCCAACGGGACGCAUGGGACCACCAGCAUCUGCAGCGCCACCGCCGGGGCCGGCGGCACCGCCAGCAGCCUCAGCGCCCGGCCCGGCCUCCUGCCCCUGCCAGUGGUGCCCUCCCGGCUGCCCACGCCCGCCACAGCCCCCGCGCCCUGCACCACGGGCAGUGGCGAGGCCAUCACCAGCCUCGUGGCCAGCCCUGCCUCUGCCACCACCACCAAGGCGCCCGGCAUCUCCAAAGCAGACAGUCAGUCCCAGGGACUCACGACCAGCAUCCGGUGGGGGCAGACGCCCAUCAAUCAGGCCACGCCCUGGGACACGGAUGAGCCGCCCUCCAAACAGAUGAGGGAGAGCGACAAUCCAGGCACAGGGCCGUGGGUGACCACGGUGGCCGCCGGGAGCCAGCCCGCCCUGAUCGCACACUCCUAUGGAGUGGCCCAGCCUCCCACCUUCAGCCCGGCUGUGAACGUCCAGGCCCCGGUCAUCGGGGUGACCCCCUCACUGCCUCCACACGUGGGGCCCCAGCUCCCGCUGAUGCCAGGCCAUUACUCGCUGCCACAGCCGCCCUCUCAGCCACUGAGCAGCGUGGUGGUCAACAUGCCCGCCCAGGCCCUGUAUGCCAGCCCGCAGCCCCUGGCCGUCUCCACGCUGCCUGGCGUGGGGCAGGUGGCCCGCCCGGGACCCACGGCGGUGGGCAACGGUCACAUGGCAGGGCCCCUGCUGCCUCCACCACCGCCAGCCCAGCCGUCGGCCACUCGCCCCAGCGGUGCCCCUGCCACCAACGGGCCCCCCACGACCGACUCCGCCCACGGGCUGCAGAUGCUGCGGACCAUUGGUGUGGGGAAGUAUGAGUUCACCGACCCCGGGCACCCCAAAGAAAUGUUGAAGGAAUUGAACCAGCAGCGCAGAGCGAAAGCCUUUACAGACCUGAAAAUUGUUGUUGAAGGCAGAGAGUUUGAAGUCCACCAAAAUGUUCUAGCUUCCUGCAGCUUGUAUUUCAAGGACCUGAUUCAAAGGUCGGUGCAAGACGGCGGCCAGAGCGGCCGGGAGAAGCUGGAGCUCGUCCUGUCCAACCUGCAGGCGGACGUCCUGGAGCUGCUGCUGGAGUUCGUGUACACGGGCUCCCUGGUCAUCGACUCGGCCAACGCCAAGACGCUGCUGGAGGCGGCCAGCAAGUUCCAGUUCCACACCUUCUGCAGAGUCUGCGUGUCCUUCCUGGAGAAGCAGCUGACGGCCAGCAACUGCCUGGGGGUGCUGGCCAUGGCGGAGGCCAUGCAGUGCAGCGAGCUCUACCACAUGGCCAAGGCCUUCGCGCUGCAGAUCUUCCCCGAGGUGGCGGCCCAGGAGGAGAUUCUCGGCAUCGCCAAGGACGACUUCAUCGCCUACAUCUCCAACGACAGCCUCAACACCAAGGCCGAGGAGCUGGUGUACGAGACGGUCAUCAAGUGGAUCAAGAAGGACCCUGCGUCCCGCGCACAGUACGCAGCGGAGCUCCUGGCCGUGGUGCGCCUGCCGUUCAUCCACCCCAGCUACCUGCUCAACGUGGUGGACAACGAGGAGCUGAUCAAGUCGUCGGAAGCGUGCCGGGACCUGGUCAACGAGGCCAAGCGCUACCACAUGCUCCCGCACGCCCGCCAGGAGAUGCAGACGCCCCGGACCCGGCCCCGCCUCUCCGCAGGCGUGGCUGAAGUCAUCGUCUUGGUUGGGGGCCGUCAGAUGGUGGGGAUGACGCAGCGCUCCCUGGUGGCCGUCACCUGCUGGAACCCACAGAACAACAAGUGGUACCCCUUGGCCUCGCUGCCUUUCUAUGACCGCGAGUUCUUCAGUGUGGUGAGCGCCGGGGACAACAUCUACCUCUCAGGUGGGAUGGAGUCAGGGGUGACGCUGGCCGACGUCUGGUGCUACAUGUCCCUGCUCGAUAACUGGAACCUCGUCUCCAGAAUGACGGUCCCCCGCUGUCGGCACAACAGCCUGGUCUACGAUGGGAAGAUUUACACCCUCGGGGGACUCGGCGUGGCGGGCAACGUGGACCACGUGGAGAGGUAUGACACCAUCACCAACCAGUGGGAGGCCGUGGCCCCGCUGCCCAAGGCCGUGCACUCCGCAGCAGCCACCGUCUGCGGCGGCAAGAUCUACGUGUUCGGCGGCGUGAACGAGGCCGGCCGAGCCGCGGGCGUCCUCCAGUCUUACGUCCCGCAGACCAACACGUGGAGCUUCAUCGAGUCCCCAAUGAUCGACAACAAGUACGCUCCCGCCGUCACCCUCAACGGCUUCGUGUUCAUCCUGGGGGGGGCUUACGCCAGAGCCACCACCAUCUACGACCCGGAGAAGGGGAACAUCAAGGCGGGCCCCAACAUGAAUCACUCUCGCCAGUUCUGCAGUGCCGUGGUGCUCGAUGGCAAGAUCUACGCGACGGGGGGCAUCGUCAGCAGCGAGGGGCCGGCGCUGGGCAACAUGGAGGCCUAUGAGCCCGCCACCAACACCUGGACCCUCCUCCCGCACAUGCCCUGCCCCGUGUUCAGACACGGCUGCGUCGUGAUCAAGAAAUACAUUCAGAGCGGCUGACGGCGGGACAGCCACGGAGACCGUGGACGAGUCCGGUGAGGCACGUGCUGCUCCCAGGAUCGGUUUUCGGCAACACCACCGAGGGGCCGACCCACAACCGGGACCUCGCCGCGCUCCGCGUUCGGCUACUCUGCACCGGGUGUCGCGUCGGGAGUCACCCCUGCCUUUGGGGGAACCGGGCUCAGCCCGGAGCACAGGGACCGACCAGCCGGCGCGGCCUCGGCUCCGCGGGCGGACUUGCUCUGACGGAGGCGCUCCCUCUGCCCGGUGCAAUAGAGUCUCACAUAUUUUUCAACUGGGAGAGAGCAGCUGUUUUUUCCUUCCUGCAGAGCAAGCUGGACCCUGGACCACCACCGAUCAGUCACCCCGUAACCAUCGUGGGCGGCAGGCUCCCUGGGAAUGAGAUCGAAGUGUCCUUAGCACUUUGACUCCUGUUUCGUUUUUAACCAGUCCACACUCCCGGUGGCCGAGAGCCAACAGGCACGAGGCUGCGAGGCUGCGGGUCCCCGCGCAGAGGCAGCCGUGGCCAGCCGUGGCCAGCCGUGGCCAGCCGUGGCCGGGGCCGCUGCAGGGGCAGCCGUAGGGACAGUUGGGAGAGCUGUCUGUCCUUCCCAGGUUUUUCUACCAGGUUUUUGCUGCAGAAGGACGAGAUGAUCGUGCUAGCUUUCUCUUAUCCAGUAAGAAGUAUUUAGCUUUCCAAGGCAUUUUCUUGAUAAACAAAAGGCUAUUUUUUAAGUACCGAGAGGAGGCGGCCAGGCGGGGGAGCGGGCGGGCGCCCCGGAGCUCUGAGGGGGUCCCGCCGGCGUGGCAGGGGCUCCAGUUUUUCUACGUGCAGAGGAGAGGCUCUCUCCUGGGGGGCACAGAGGCACCGUUUUAUUUUUAGAAAAAAGUAACUCCCAGACAGCCCCCUCAGGGCUGUGCCUCCUGGGGACACGGCCAGUAAAGAGGCUGUUCUAGCAGGAAAGCACCAGCUCCCUCCUGGGGGGAGGCUGAGGCCCGGGCCGGCGGGGCGGAGGCCGGGAGGACGUGUCCACAGGGCACAGGGGACUAUUUUUGAUAGGCACCUGCCACCGCGCGCUCAGGACGGGGCAGCCUUCUUAGACGAGCCGUGACCGCCGAGGCCUGGGGCGCGGGCAGAAUCUUCUAGCAGCAUAUGAACCCGAGAGAGGGGCGCCAGGAGGGAGGCCGCCUGCGGCUCAAAGGAGAACGGCCUCCCGCCGGUCCUCGGACCGCACACCGCACGCGGUGGUCAGUUUCCAU